CCCGCCGAGCUCGGAGCUCUUCUGGGCGGCUGCGCACGCGUGGCUGUAGUCCAUUCAGCUACAAAUCCAUCAAUGGAUUCAUAGAUGAAUCAUCCAAUCACUUCAAAGCCCUACCUCUGAACAUUGCUGCACUGAGGAUCAAGCCCCCGACACGUGAGCCUUUGAGAGACAAACAUAACAAUGAUUCAAGCCAUAACAGUGACCUCACAGUCUUAGACAGUUGGUGAAAUGACUGACUCAGAAGACGAUGAUACCCCCCAGCUUUCCUCCCAUACCUUAGCAGCGCUCCAGGAAUUUUAUGCUGAGCAGAAGCAACACGCGGACCCAGGUGGGGAUGACAAAUACAACAUUGGAAUAAUAGAAGAAAAUUGGCAAUUGAGCCAGUUUUGGUAUAGUCAGGAAACUGCUCUGCGACUUGCACAGGAGGUGAUUGCUGCUGCUGGAGAAGGUGGCAGAAUUGCGUGUGUGAGUGCCCCCAGUGUUUAUCAGAAACUCAGAGAACUACACAGAGAAGACUUCUCUAUAUACAUCUUUGAAUAUGACAAAAGAUUCGCCAUGUAUGGAGAAGAAUUUAUCUUCUAUGAUUAUAAUAAUCCACUGGAUUUACCUGAAAAAAUUGUUGCACAUAGUUUUGACAUUGUAAUAGCAGAUCCUCCCUAUCUUUCUGAGGAAUGUCUCAGGAAGACAUCCGAAACCAUCAAAUACCUGACAAGGGGCAAGAUUCUGCUAUGUACAGGUGCCGUCAUGGAAGAACAGGCAGCGCAACUCCUGGAUGUGAGGAUGUGCAAGUUUAUUCCAGAACACACACGAAACUUGGCAAAUGAGUUCCGCUGCUAUGUGAAUUAUGAUUCUGGACUGGACUAGGGAACCUAAACAUGGACAGGGACAUGUUACAGGAAAGGAUCCCGGUGACAUUUUCAUUUCCCCCUUUUUAUUUUCUUAGUCAAUUGAAAAGCUAUAACCUCUUCUCCCACUCCCCCCAAACUGGGGCUGUCCUGGCCUAAUUUUCAGAAUAAAGGAGAAAACUGUCA